AUGUGCAGCUCCAACGGUGGCAUCUUCGUCAAGAUGGGCCAGCACGCCGCCACGCUGGCGCCCGCAGUGCCUGCGGAGUACGUGGAGCGCUUGGCGCAGCUGCAGGACCGCGCGCCCGAGAGCACGUGGGCGGAGGUCCUCGAGGUGCUGAACACAGAGCUGCCGGGAGGCACCACAGCCUCGUUGGACUUCGAUGCAGCACCUGUGGGCAGUGCCUCCCUGGCGCAGGUGCAUCGUGCCGAACGGCGCGGCACUGAGCGCGAGGGCGCGGAGGUGGCGGUGAAGGUGCAGCAUCCGAACAUCCAGGCGGGUUCCAGGCGACGCAUGGAGGGCUUGGUUCCAGGUUGA